AUGACGCCGAAAAGCAGUCAAUCGUCGCAGAAGAGCACCCAGCCCACCAUCUCCAGCUUCUUCACGCGGAAGCCCGCGCAACCACCCAAAGCCACGUCGGCACCAGCGCCUGCCCCUGCCCCAAAGCCAAAAUCUCCACGCCCCAGCAAGAGCACCACCGAGGAAGAUGCCGACGAAGAUAAAGAAGACAGCCUUCCAAUAAGAACCCCUCUCACCCUGCGUAAGCGUCCGGUAGACGGGGAUCAUGCCCAGGAGUCGGGUCGCUCGUCGCCCUCGAAACGCGUCCGCUUCACGAAUGACGUUUCUCCGCAACAAUCGCCAGCGCACACACCCACCACCACAUCGGCCACAUCGAAACCUUCCAAAGCAUCCGAUAGAACCUCCAGGUUUCUCUUCUCGUCCUCACCGCCGAUCCGAGACGGGGAUGGCGAGGAUGACGAGGAUGACGAAGAGGAUGCCGCGGCAGCCCAGAAACAAAAGCAGAAACUGCACGAGAAGUUUGUGAAGAAACUGGGUCGGCCUGAUAGUUUUGCAGAGCUUCGAAGGCGGAACAAGGUCCUCACAGAAGACGAUGCCAAUGAGGAGGAGGGCGAAGGCGACGAAGAUGAGGAGGACGAGCCCCCGCCAAAGCCCGCCAAAGGGAAAAAGGGCGCCGCGACGAAAAAGGCAAGCAAGUUGACGCCCAUGGAGAUCCAGUACCUCGACAUAAAGCGCAAGCAUCUGGACACGAUCAUCGUCAUGGAAGUCGGAUACAAAUACAAAUUCUUUGGUGAAGAUGCAAGAACCGCAUCGAAAGAGCUGGGUAUUGUCUGCAUUCCUGGAAAGCUUCGGUACGAUGAGCAUCCGUCUGAGGCGCACUUGGACAGAUUUGCGUCUGCCAGUUUUCCCACCCACCGUCUGCAAGUCCAUGUCAAACGUCUUGUGAAAGCGAACCACAAAGUUGGCGUGGUGCGACAGGUGGAAACAGCAGCACUCAAGGCGGCUGGCAAUAACAGGAACGCACCAUUUGUCCGGAAACUCACAAAUCUCUACACCAAAGGCACAUAUGUGGAUGAUGUGGAAGGCUUGGAAACACCAGCCGAGGGCUCCGGUGCCAGCGCACAGGCGACUGGAUAUCUGCUUUGCAUCACCGAGAGCAAUGCAAAGGGCUGGGGUACGGACGAAAAGGUCCAGGUCGGCUUGGUAGCUGUGCAGCCCGCAACAGGCGACAUCAUCUAUGACGACUUUGAAGACGGCUUCAUGCGGAGCGAGAUUGAGACGCGCCUGCUGCACAUUGCUCCAGCCGAGUUCCUAGUGGUUGGCGAUCUGUCCAAGGCCACGAACAAGCUGAUCGAGCAUCUAUCGGCCAGCAAAACCAAUGUUUUUGGAGACAGAUCGCGGGUGGAGAGAUUAGAGAAGCCAAAGAAAAUGGCUGCACAAGCAUACAGCCACAUCUCAAACUUUUAUGCUGGCAAGAUGAAGUCCAGUCAGGAGGCCGGUUCAGAAAAGCAGGGCGCAAUCCUGGACAAGGUGCACCAGCUGUCAGAACAUGUCACCAUAUGUCUGUCUGCGAUGAUUACAUACCUCAGCGAGUACGGGUUGGAACACGUCUUUGACCUUACCAAGUACUUCCAGCCCUUCAGCGCGCGAUCUUAUAUGCUCCUCAACGGAAACACAUUGUCCAGUCUUGAGAUCUAUCAGAAUCAGACCGACUUCACUUCAAAAGGCAGUCUGUUUUGGACCAUGAAUCGGACCAGGACUCGCUUUGGACAACGGUUGCUCAGGAAGUGGGUUGGUCGACCAUUGAUUGACAAAGCUAAGCUGGAAGAGCGCAUAGCUGCAGUCGAAGAGCUCAAGGAAGGCGAAAACACGAUACCUGUGGACAAGCUGAAGUUUGUGCUGGGCAAAAUCAAGGCCGAUCUCGAAAAGGUUCUCAUCCGGAUAUACUACAAAAAGUGCACGAGACCGGAGCUCUUGUCGGCUCUACAAGCUCUCCAGGAGAUAUCGAGCGAGUAUUUGUCUGUGCAAAGUCCUGAGCAAAGCGGCUUCUCCUCGUCAUUGCUCAGUGAAGCGGUCUCAAACGUUCCAAAGAUAUACGAGGAUCUCAAUGGCUUCCUAGACAAGAUCAAUGCGCGUGCUGCCAAGGACGAUGACAAGUAUUCGUUCUUUCGCGAGGAACACGAGGCGGAAGAUAUCAAUGAUCUAAAGCUGAGUAUUGCGUCCGUAGAAGACGACCUCAACACACACCGCAAGGAGGCAGCAGCAAAACUUGGGAAGAGCAAGGUGGAUUACGUCACUGUUGCAGGCAUUGAAUAUCUGAUCGAAGUUAAGAGAAAGGCGCCAGAAGAGAAGAAGGUUCCGGCAUCGUGGCAACAAAUAUCAGCUACCAAGACCACACUACGCUUCCAUACUCCAGAAGUCAAGCGCAUGUUGCAGGAGCGGGAUCAGUACAAAGAGUCGCUUGCGGCGGCGUGCGACAGAGCGUACAUGGGCCUACUAGAAGAGGUCUCGUCAAAGUACCAGCAACUCCGAGACUGUAUAGCUUCUUUGGCUACGCUCGACGCUCUCUUGUCUCUGGCUACUCUAGCCAAUCAGCCAGGCUACGUAAAGCCUACCUUUACAGACGAUAUUGAACUCAACAUAACCGGCGGCCGACACCCAAUGGUCGAGCAGUUGCUUCUCGACAGUUAUGUGCCGAAUGAUCUCUCCCUGUCUCACGACUCAACUCGUGGCCUUCUAGUCACAGGCCCCAACAUGGGCGGAAAAUCGUCGUUUGUGCGCUCCGCCGCUCUUAUCGCCAUCAUGGGGCAAAUCGGCUCCUACGUACCAGCUGCCCAAGCGCGGUUGGGAAUGCUGGAUGCAGUCUUUACCCGCAUGGGCGCAUUUGACAACAUGCUCAAAGGCGAGUCGACAUUCAUGGUCGAACUCAACGAAACUUCUGAUAUUCUCAAAUCCGCAACGCCUCGCUCUCUUGUCAUUCUUGACGAGCUGGGUCGCGGCACUUCGACCUUUGACGGCGUUGCCAUAGCCGAAGCAGUGCUGGACUACGUCAUUCGUGAGCUACAGUCUCUGACGCUGUUCAUAACACACUACCAGCACCUGGCCAAGCUAUCGUCACGGUUUCCCAAUGGUCAGCUGAAAAACGUGCAUAUGCGCUUCGAAGAGCAGAGUGGCGGCAGAGAAGUAGUCUUCUUGUACGAGGCUACAGAGGGCAUCAGUCAUCGCUCGUACGGGCUAAACGUCGCCAGGCUGGCAAGAGUUCCCGACAAGGUUCUUGACGUGGCUGAGGUGAAGAGCGCGGAAUUAGAGCAAAGCAUGGAGGCCUGUAAGCUAGGGAACCUGUCGCGCAGGAUCAAGGAUCUGCUGCAGGAUGAUUCUGAAGCAACGCUUGCCAAGAUCGUUGAGGGAAUUGAACAGUUGUAAAGUGGAGUAAGCGCUAGGAUCUUACAUGUGGCAGCGG